CCCACGUUAUGACAUCACUGCUGGACAAAGCAGCAAGGAGUGGUUACAGCGAAGAGACGCGUCCCAAAUCAAUGGGGCGCACUCCAACAGUUUGAUACACAGACAAAAGAGCUGUUGUCGAGUCAGCAGCAGUUCUUGUAGUUUUUUUUUAUUAUUAAUUAUUGUGAGAGGAAUGAGCUACUGUGGGAAAUAAUAUCGGUGUUACUGGACAAAGAAAGAGUCACGGCCGCUGGAUGGUUGGUGGUUUCUCAGUUUCGCCCUCGUAACAUGGUAAACUUUGAGGGAUAACACUCUGGCUUAUCUGCUCACAGCAACAAGACCAGCAAAAAACCCAUGCUGUGUUUGAAGAAGUUGACCUGAGGUACGAAUCCAGCCUGGAAGACCAUGCUCUCCCUCCUGCUGCCCGCAAUGUUGGCCAUCCAAGCUAUGGCUGUAAUGGAAGUGCAAGUCCCAGAGCAGCCAGUGGUGGCGCUACAUGGCAGCAAUGCCAUGCUCAACUGCUCCUUCAGCCACACCGGACCCUUCAACCUGUCUGGUAUGAGCAUCUUCUGGCUGCUGACAGACACCAAACGCAGCGUGCACGCGUACCGGGACGGACGUGACCAACUGGUGGACCAGGCCGACAGCUUCGCCAAUCGUACAAGCCUGUUCCCUACCCAGCUGGCCCUGGGCAACGCUUCGCUCCUGCUGAGCAAAGUGGUGGUGGCUGAUGAAGGCAGCUACACCUGCUUUGUCAGGGUGCAUGAGCAUGGUAGUGCGGCUUUGCUGCUGCAGGUGGCUGCCCCUUACUCCAAACCUGUGGUGACUUUGGAGCCUGAAUCCAACCUCCGACCAGGUGAUGAGGUGGCCCUGACUUGUAUGGCCUACGAUGGCUAUCCCGAGGCCAGUGUGAUGUGGCAGGAUGGGAACGGGCGCAAUCUUACGGACAAUAUCACCACUUCCCUGGUGGCCAAUGAGGAAGGGCUGUUCACCAUGACCAGCGUGCUGACAGCUGUGCUAGAGCCCAAUAGCACCUACAGCUGCCGACUGAUCAACCCACUCCUUGGCGAGGAGGGCUAUGCCUUUGUCACAGUCAUAGGUCAGAACAUUGCAUUCCCCCCAGUGGCUCUGUGGGUAACUGUUGGCCUGGCUGUGUGUCUGCUGGUGCUGCUCAUUGCUCUGGCCGCCGUCUGCCGCCGAAAGAUCAAGGAGAGCUGCGAGGAGGCCAGGAGAGAAGCUGAAGAGGCCAAGGAACUGGAGGAAGAGGAGUCAAAGACAGCCAUGAUGCUACUGAAAAGCUAAGGCCAAGAGAGUAAAGGAGUCGGUGGCAGGCGGCGGGCAGGAGAUGAGUCUGGCGGGUAAUCCCACUCCACCUAUCCAUCAACCUGGAGACUAUUUCCAGUGUCCCCUACAGAAUGUCAAAGCCUCGCUGAGCAGAAGAUGAGUCCAUCAUCUUUUUUUAAGACUUUCCCUCGAGUUUCCAUCACAACACAUAAACAUAUCAUGUACCAUUAUUUUCUAGUGCCUUCCCCUCCCUUUCUCUCCAUAUCUCUCAAUGGAAGGCCAAGGUGGUGAGUGAAUGCGAUUGAGUGGGUUGUGUUCUUCGCAGUAUGCAAAAGAGAAGCUAUGUUUGAAAAUUACAGGAUGUGACAGGAAGCUUUCUCUGUUGCUGACAUCACUCUGUAUAGGUUGUGACGAGGCCUGCGCCAGAGAUCCCCUGUCUAAUAAGAAGCGAGACACUUAAAGAGAUGACCCUCACUCAGUUGCCAUCACUGUCUCUCUGGCAGAGAGAGAACUUGGCUCUCCCAUUACUCCUGCACUUGCUAAUUAGCGUCUGUCGCUGGAGUAACUUGUACCUGUCAGUGUGUACUGCUCUCCUGUAUUCAGUAACUUGAGGGAAUUUAAAUUGAAUGCCAACUAUGCUCCAGCAAACUGCAAAUGGUGCAUGGGAUACACCCUGAUUUUCUCACUGACCUGACAGUAUUAUAUGUAAAUUGUUUUUAAUGAACUAUCUGGGCUAGUUUCUACUGCGUGUGUGGAAUGUUUGAUCUCUUCCGGGCUAGGGGCUGAACAGGUUGGAUUUUUUUUGUUUGUUUUUUAAUUAGGUACUUGAGCAAGUCCCUGUGACACAUGUCCAUGUAUGAAUGCCAAAGCCAUUUGAGUCAGAUAACUGAGUGCCUAUUUACAUUAAAGAGACAUGGUGAAA